AUGAACCCACUGCUCAAGCUGAGAGAUAUCGUGAGGGCUUGCCGCGUCUCGCAGCCUCAUAGGAACACUCCGAAAACUGUGCAAUAUGCCGCAGGUUUGGUUGCCUCUCCCAGCGAUGCCUACUCGGCAAUCAAAUUUGGUUGGCUGCACUGGAAGGGCAUUUCUUCAAGCUGGAACAUGAUCCAGCAGACAACGGAGUGCCAGACCGUGAUGCUCAAGUCGCGUCGUCAAGUGGAGGUGUACACAGUCGGUUUCCCUUGA